AUGGCGUUUUUGCAUUCCGUGCUUAAAGAUGUCCAUGAUAAACAGCCGUACAAAGUAGGCAGUGGACAGUUGAAUAAUGUAGUUGAGAGCCUUAGAAAUGCUUUGUGUAAAGGUCAUGAGGGUUUUCAGAGUGUCAUUGCCGAGGUGGCCAGUGGUGUCGGGAGGUAUAAUAGGGAAGUGGAGGGGAGUAAUGAUGGUGUCAAGGAGAAGAUUGAAGAAUUGUAUAACUACGUUAGCAGCAAUGAACCAGGUAAAUUACUUACUGAAAUUGGCGAAAUUCCUGACGAAAAAGCAUUUAAGACAUACAGUGCAAAAGAUGUUGAGCAAGCUGUACUUAACGCCGGUGAACUUGUUGAUAAAUGUUUUAACAAGGGUAACAAGUUUGAAAAUGAUAUAGUGCUUCUUGAGAAAUAUGUCGACGACUUUAAUCCAUCAUUAAAGGUAGAAGUGAAUACCGCAAGAAGAAACAUUAAGCACGAGACUAAGCGUUUGGGGGAUUUGGCCAUUCAGCUCUUUGGUAAUUUUGGACUUAUGAAGAGUAUUAUCAAUGAAACGCUUCGGAAGCUCAGAAUGGAAGUUCAUUCCAAAAUUCGUACCGACGUAAAAGCGCUUGUAAACAAUUUGAAGAAGAAAGUUGAGGAAAUAAGAUCUAAGUUUGAGGACAUUAACAAGUUGGUUAAGGAGUAUGUGAAUGACUUGGCAUCGUGGAUUGAUGAAGCUGAGCAGAUUGUGAAGCAGGCAGAGGGGAGAGUGAAAAAAAUAUUGGAGCAAGUUAAAGAAGACGAAAAAUCGGAAAAUCGAAAUGCCGUUGAGGUGGUGGUUGAAAAUGUAGGAAACAGGAUUGGCAAGGAAAUUAGCAAUUUGAAAACGUGGAGUAGUCAGGCAAGAGACGUUGUGGAAAAAGCGGAAGGGAAGUGUAAAGAAAUUUUAGAGAAAGUUAAAGAUAAUGGCACAUCUCCUAUAUACGUUGCGGCAACGGAGUUAAAGAAUAGAGCACGAAGCCUAUUGCAGGCAUACGAUAGUUCGAAAGACAAGAUUUCCAGAAUGGUUGGGAAGGUGAGCGAGGCAGUUGGGAACUUGGAAGGUAAAAUUAAGGAGGAUCUUUACACCCUUAAGGGUACUAUAAAUUCUGUCAUUGAGACGUAUGUCUCAACGCUGCAUGAGGCUGCAAAAGACGGCCGUAGUUUAGGCAACAUCGCUCAUCAAUUGGGAGAAGAACCCGCAGGAAGUCUAAGAAAAUGGCUUGUUGAUGCAGAAAGAGGCUUCCACGGCAAAGUUCCAAAUUCCACAACGUUACAACAGGUGUUAUCAUCUCUCUGUUAUGACUCCUCCGGGACAAGAAUGAGUGUCAAUGAGUCAGCGUAUAAGGCUAUUGAAAAAGAUAUUAAGGGAGGUAUUGAAAAGAAACUGCCCGACGAGACAGACUCAUCAGAUCCAUUGAUUCAACCAACUAAAGUUAAACUGGAAGGCACAAAUUUCAUGAACUAUAAGAGUACGAAAUCCGAGCUCACCGAUGCAAUCCCUAAAUUUCUCAGUGAGGGAUUAAAUGCAUAUUUUAAAAAAUCUGGUGUGGCCGAGAAAGAGUUUUCGCAAGAAAUCAAUGAUCUUGAUAUCCCUCUACAAAACAUUGUUCAAGGUCUCACAGCGUUAACCGCAUUAGUUAGUAAGAAUGACCCUGGCUCAUUGGAACGUGAUCCAGAAAAGGGCAUCAAAACGCUAUUGUGUGAUCUUAAUAAGGGUCUAGGGAAUGUUAGGAGCAAUUUCUGGGCAACCUUUUCUAACGGUCUUGGUAACAUUCAAGAUACACUCGAAAAGCUCCGUAAUGAUGUGCCAGAGGUAACAGCCAAGCUCGCUGCUCUGUGCGCAGCUAUUUCCACAGAAGGCACGCACUCGAAAUACAACUUGGAAGAUUUCAGAAAGAAAAACAUAAAUUUCAGACUCAAACAGAUUAAAGAAUUAAUUGAUGGCAUGCGAACCAAUAACGUUCGUGAAGCCAUCACCCUGGCCCAUAAUUUCAUUAGUAUAGAAGCUGACGAAGCAGGACAAGCAACUAUAGAAGCCAUUCAGUCCUUCGUAAAUACUCAAGUCUCCUCCGCCAUCUCCACCCUCACCACCCGCGCCCGCCGCAACUACGUCACCUCCGUCAAGCAGCUGCUCACGGCCUUCGCCGCGAAGGUCACGCAGGAGCUGAGCCCUUUGCCCGCGCAGAUCGAGGAGGAUCUGCGAAUAGGGUUCAAGGGGUUUAUGAGGAAGUUCGGCGAGAAGUUUGUUAACCGAGUUAAGGAUAUUAAGGACGUCAAGGCGUACAUUUCUGUAGUCGAUCCGCUGCAGUAUUCACCGUUAACACAAGGGACGAAAAUCUUAAAUAGGGGGUUUGAGGAUUUAUUCCCUAUUUUGCAAGAUCAAGAAGACUUCAAGCCUGACUUCUAUAAAGUCGCGCCGUUCAAGGAGGCUCUCACAACAUUGCUCACUGGCCUUAUUAGUUCACAGCACUUUAACAAUGACUUUAGUAAUAAUUUAGACGCACUUGAAAAAUCAGUCACUGCAUUGGGUCCUAAAAUAUACGGCGAGGGCAACAGUCCGUUGCUGCUCAACGCUCUCAGAAAGGGAUUCCCGGCUCUGGUCAAAGAGCUGAAAAAGGGGUAUGUUUCCUCCUAUUCGGGUAGGACAUUUGGGCAAUUGUUGAAACAAAAAAGUGUUGACGCCAAAAAUGUUCCCGCUGUAACACCUGGCGCCGUCUCUCCAAAAGUUGCGCCUUCCGUACCACCCAAUACCAUCUCCUCCGCGUCAGCCCAAAAGGCCGAGACAGAAUAUGAAUUAACUACCGAGGGAAAAAAUUGCGCCAAGGUCUGUGUCACAAUAUUGAGAACCGUUUAUGAUGGCAUUCGCAAGUUAGUGUAUGAAUGUGACCAAUAUUGGGACAAGCAUACGCUGUUUGAAUUAAAUGGUGACAAAGAAAAUCCUCUAGGUGCAUACUUAAAGCAUUGUGGUUACAAGGUGGCCACAAACCAAGACUCCAAGGAUGGCGAGUUGAAGUUCCCUCUGACCAACUAUAAAGGUCAGAAGAUCUAUGACAACCUCCAACGCACAAUUAAUGAUGCGAAGAAGAAUUCACAUCUUACAGCUUGCAAACCAAAUGAAAAGGGAGAGAACUUCAAUGUAUCGGACAUCCUUUCAUGCAUAAUUAAGCAUCUCAACCAAUAUAAUAACGUCUGUCACCUUAAUCACAUUGAUUCACCUAAAUCACCAACCACCGUUAACCAAAUGCUACAGUGGUGCGCCGGGCUGCGUUACCACCGUGUCUAUGAGCCCCUUAAGCAACACCUUAAUUCGUUGUUUGCCAACGACCACUCCGAUUUUUCAUAUAAAAUACACACCCUUGCAGAGUUCGAUUUGGAAGUUUUAUGCAAUUAUUCACACAAAUUGCUCACCAGCAUUCUGGGAACUGGUGAUGAACACACCGUUUAUGCCUCCGACUACCAAAACAAUGCACUAAAUUUUUACUAUCCCUCCACUCCAUCACAGUGCCUUGACAUGCUUCUCGACAUCCUUCGACGUUUUUUACCUACACUCAGAUUCUUACAAAAUCAGUGUCAAUUGCGUGCUAUACAUCACGGUUGGUACGAUUGCAAGUACGGCAAGGACAUAGCUCCAGCCAAAUUGCCAUGUGACAACCACUCACACAGCAAACCAACGUGCCAACCAAGUGACCAACCAAACACACAACCAAAUUGCCAACCUACUUCACCUUUAAUGUCCUAUCUGAACGAUUGUCUUCCUGGUCAUUUACCACAUCAGCUUAGUUCCAUCGGUUGUAGAGCUACAUGUAACACGUGCCCCAAAGCAAGCCUGGGCAACCAUGCUUGA